UCAUUGAUCUCCACAGAAACCUCACAACCAAUCAUGUCGCACAUAACCCGGCUGGUGCUAUCUCUGGCGGCGGUUGCGCUUGCGCAGGCCACCGUCGAGGUGAUGAAGGACGUCACCCUUGGCUUCGGAGAGGCGCUCAAGCAGUGCAGAGACAGUUCCGGCCUGACAGAAGAGAAGAUGGAGGAGUUCUUCCACUUCUGGCGCGACGAUUUCAAGUUCGAGCACCGCGAGCUGGGCUGCGCCAUCCAGUGCAUGUCCAGACACUUCAACCUGCUCACCGACGGAGAGAGGAUGCAUCAUGAGAACACGGACAAGUUCAUCAAGUCCUUCCCUAACGGUGAGGUGUUAUCCAAACAAAUGGUAGCCCUUAUCCACUCCUGCGAGCAGAAGUUUGACGACAUGGAGGACCACUGCUGGCGAAUCCUGCGCAUCGCAGAGUGCUUCAAGAGCGGCUGCCAGGAGCGAGGCAUAGCGCCCUCUAUGGAGAUGAUGAUGGCUGAGUUUAUCAUGGAGUCCGAGUCUUAAGUUUUUUUGAACAUUAGAGGAUCAGAGGACAGUUGUCGACAAAUAUCAAAGUAAUAUUUUCUUCGGUUACCGUAAAACCUCCCAACUAUAUCCAAUACUGCAACUAUGGUCCACGAGUUCAAAAGGAAAUUAAGUAACAAUACCAAUGUUCCCUUUGAUUUAUAUUUUCUUCCAUAUAUAAACAUACCUUGUCUUAGAACUACAAAAAUACAGUAAAAGACACACCUGUCCGAAAAAUUUACAGUUAUUUUGAACCAUAGUUGGGAGCUUUGGACUAAGUAUAGUUGGGAGGUUUUACGGUACCGCGAGAGUUACUCAUGAAAUACAACUGUUUUAACGUGUUAUGUAUGUAUAGAGUAUAAUAAAUUUAAAAUACGUCCCGGCAUUUAGACCCUUUACAGCGGUCGUGGGCAACGGGAGACUGUAAACAAAUAUAUUUGAAAUGUAAAACAGUUUUAUUUCCUGCUGAAGUUCUGCUAAAGUUUUGUUUUUAUCUAAGAUACUAAAAUGGCGGUUCGAUUGCCCAAUCCAAGUUUUACACAGUCAUCCUGCUUUUGUGCACAUUUUGUACUAAAAUGACUUAAAUAUGGGUCGCACAAAAUGGGACGAUCAACGUUUUUAGUAUUUUGGAAUACAAACAAACUUUAGUGCCGUUUUAACUUUGUCAAAAUGAUUGUAUUAAAUUAUGAUGAUUUUAAAUGUUUGAUAUUCGUCGACCGAAUCGGAAUAGCCAUUUCAUUAUUUUGAUAUUCAAUUUAAAUUAGGACAAAAUUAAAAUUAACAUAAACGAAAUCAUUAUCCGGUGUAAAAUAUUGUUACAUAAAAGAAAGAUAGUAAUCAACUUAUCAAACAUAAAUUUAUUUAAAGAAAAAGCGAUUGCGAAGGGUUUUAUUCACGACAAUGCUUAGCCUAAUGGAGAAUGAUCAAAGAAAUAUACCUCUACCUGUUUUUAGGUAUUAAUUUCUUAUUUAAUGUAUUUUGCAAGAGGCAAUGCUACUAGUUUUAAUCGUAUUUUAAAUAGUAUUAGGCAUGUGAGCAAUACUAUUAUAAUAUUUUACAAUUAUUAGCGUUAAUUUAUUUUAAACAAUAAAGCGUAUUUUUCUGCGCAAUGACACGGCUAUGACUUGGUAAUGUUAGAUUUAAGUUAUCUAUUGAGAUAUAGAUACAAUUAAAAGUAUUUAUAAUUAAUGUU